AUGCAGUGGAACUGGAACUACUAUCUCACUUGGCCUUUAGUACUGAUAUGUUUGCCUCUUGUUUGGCACUUAUGGAGGAAGAUUAGCCACAAAACCUCAAAGCUCCCUCCUGGUCCUCGCGGCUGGCCGCUGUUUGGCAAUCUUUUCGAUCUCGGAAGCUUGCCUCACAGGACUUCAAGAGCACUUAAAGCCGAAUACGGUCCUGUUGUGUGGCUAAAUCUCGGCAGUUUCAAGACCCUGGUGCUUCUUUCUGCUGCGCCUGUGGAAGAGCUGUUUAAGAACCAUGAUCUCUCCUUCAAAAACCGGAUGACAACGGAUGCAGUGACCUCACACGACUACUACAAGAGCUCUAUAGCCUUCGGUCUAGAUGGCACCUACUGGCGCACCUUGAGGCGAAUAUGUACCUCAGAGCUCUUUUCUAACAAGAGGAUCAAAGAAACCAUAAUGGUCAGGCAAAAAAGUGUCGAUGAACUAAUCUUGUGGAUCGAAAAGGAAGCACAAAAGGGAUCUACUGGAAUUGUGGUUAGACAAUUUGUGUACCCAGCAUUGUUGAACAUGAUAGGGAAUCUCACCCUUUCGCGGAACCUCAUGGAUCCACAGUCCAAAAUUUCCUCUGAGUUUUGCUCUGCUGUGGAUGGUUUCAAUCAGUGCCUGGGCAGUCCCAAUAUAUCCGACUUCUUGCCCUGGCUAAAGAGAUUUGACCUGCAAGGAAUAAGGAGGAAAAUGGAUCAGGAUUUGGGGAAAGCCCUGGAGAUUAUUUCAGUAUUUGUGAAGGAACGCCAGGAGAAGAGGGAACAACAAGCAGUAUCAUCAGAGCAGCAGGACUUGGAUGUGUUGUUGGAUUACAGGGGCAGUGGAAAUGAUGAAGCGGCUAAGUUAUCAGAUUCCCAAGUCACAAUAUGCCUUCUGGAAAUGUUUAUUGGCGGAACAGACACAACAAGCAGCACAACUGAGUGGGCCUUGAGCGAGCUCUUACAAAACGAUGAGCAAAUGAAGAGGGUUAAAGCUGAGCUCGCCAGAGUUCUUGGAACAAAAAAAAAUCUGGAAGACAGUGACAUUUAUAAUCUUCCUUACUUGAAAGCCAUUGUGGAAGAAACUCUGCGACUCCAUCCUCCAGCACCAAUCUUACUUCCCAGAAAGGCCGAUCGAGACACCGAUUUCAUGGGCUACAGAAUCCCCAAAGACACACAGGUUUUCAUCAAUAACUGGGCAAUAGCAACAGAUGAAGAUGAUUGGGAGGAUGCUUUGUCAUUUAAGCCCGAGAGGUUCUUGGACUCCAAUUUUAAUUACAAGGGUCAGAAUUAUGAGUUCUUGCCGUUUGGGGCGGGGAGGAGAAUUUGCCCAGGUCUUCCGUUGGCUCAUCGUGUGGUGCCCUUGGUUCUGGGCUCCAUGCUUCAGCAGUUUGAGUGGGAGCUUUGUGAUGGUCUGAAGACAGUAGACAUGGAAGAGACUCUAGGGCCGGUGUCAAAAAAACUGCAACCCUUGCGAGCAAUCGCAAAACCAAAUAAGACUUGAUAUCAGAUACGGAAGCUGGUUUGCCCAAACUGUUCUAUCUUCUUAAUUUGGAAGUUAAAAUAAACACAACACGUGCUGUAACUCAGUUUGGUUAUUAGAAUAAACAACAGUCAGUGACUCA